AUGGUGGACGCCGCCGCAGCCACGCAGUUCCUGGAUGCCAACCCGAAGUUCGCCAAAGAGUUCUACGACGCCAACCUCCGUCCCAAAGUCAUCUCCGACCUCCUGAACAGCAGCAGGAAGGCGGCGGUGGACACUCGGACCUACCACGCCCUGUCCCGUGUGGAGGAGAGCGAGAUCAUGUUCGACCUGGUGCGAGACAUCCAGGACAACCUGCAGAUGGAGAAGGCCGUCUUCAACCUCAUGAGGCACCUGAGCUUCCUGCUGCGAGCCGACCGCAUGAGCCUCUUCAUGUACCGCCAGAGGAACGGCGUGGCCGAGCUCGCCACCAGACUGUUUAACGUCCACAAAGACUCGGUGUACGAGGACUGUCUGGUGGCUCCCGACAGUGAGAUCGUUUAUCCUCUGGACAUGGGCAUCGUGGGUCAUGUGGCCACCACCAAGAAGAUGGUCAACGUGAAGGAUGUGACACAGGAUAGCCACUUCAGCAGCUUCGUGGACGAGCUGACCGAGUUUUCCACCAAGAACAUCCUGGCGGUGCCCAUCAUGAACGGCAAAGACAUGGUCGCCGUGAUGAUGGCCGUCAACAAGCUGGACGAGCCGCACUUCAGCCAAAAAGACGAAGAAACUCUGAACAAAUACCUGAACUUUGCUAACCUGCUUCUGAGGGUUUUCCACCUGAGCUACCUGCACAGCUGUGAGACCAGACGCGGACAGGUGCUGCUGUGGUCGGCCAGCAAAGUGUUUGAGGAGAUAACGGACAUCGAGAGACAGUUUCACAAAGCGCUGUACACGGUCCGCGCCUUUUUAAACUGCGACCGCUACUCUGUGGGUCUGCUGGACAUGACCAAGACCAAGGUAACUGUGUGGGGGGUCUGCUGGACAUGA